GCUGCCGACGGCUCGAGCGAUGAGUCGACGAACAACGACAACAUUCCCAUCGACGCCGAAGAGCUCCACAAACAGCAACAGCAGAAGGAAUUGAACAAAACUGCGGCCAAAAACGGCCAAAACUCGCAAUUGCCGAAGAAGUCGCUGUCAAAGACGGGCAAAACCAAAGCCAAACGCAAACGCUCUGUAAUGGACGACGAGAUCGAAGUGGACGAGAACGAGGACACCGAUAACCCUCUCUAUUGGUCCAUCGGUGACGUUCACGACUACCUCAAGAAGAGCAACUGUUUCAUGUUUGCGCCCACACUUCGGGAACACGAAGUGGACGGCGCGGCGCUAUUACUGCUCGACUACAACACGAUAACCACAUUGUUAUACUCGGGUUAUACCCGACAGUACGGUAUCGGCGACGCGUCCAAACUGUCGGCUCUGGUCGAGUCUCUUCGCCACAAAUGGGCGCGCAUUUCGAAACGGCUGAAGAAAUGAUCCCAAUUUUAGGACAACCGUUAGAUGCUUGAAAUUCAAGAGCACCUGUAGUCGUGUGGAUUCCCAGUCUUCAGUCACCACCACUUCUCCUACGACUUAACAUAUGUAUGGAAACUAAAUAGUGUUUGAAAUUCCCC